AUGAAUGCUCGCAUUAUCACGGCAAUAACGCCUCAGCUUGGCCUCGCGACACGACUCCAUACGCACCGACCCUGGACGGCCUUCGCACGUAGUUACGUCCGUCGGUGUGCGUCCCAACAAGAUACUCGGACACCUGAGCUUCCUUCCACGGAGAAAUCGCCGUCUGCUGCCAGCACACCCGCCAAAUCCGGCGUCAGUUUCCUGCGGUUCGCAUAUGACUUGCACGGAAUCCAACGGGAUCCCAGGCCCCCUCAAGCUGACCGGAAUCCAACGGGAACCUACGACCAAGAGCCCGUAGUGCGAGAAAAUGCUCAGUCCGAGUCUCUUGCUGAUGCGCCCGAGGAUUCGGAGGGUACGGAAUUCUCUUCUCCCGCUACAGGUGAGCUCGGGAUGUUCCUUCCGGAAACUGACGAUACUAUCUCACCAGGGCCCGUGCAGGGAACACCAUCGCAGAGCACUGCUUACACCUCGAAGGGCGCAGCUGGCGAAGCGGUCGUGUACGAAUGGGCCAGUCUUCCGCAGCUGCCAGAGGCACCCAGCUAUCCCUGCCCAUACCUCCGUGACGACGAGAUCCAAACCUAUCUCGUGCCGCUUUAUGCCCGGGGCUGGUUUGUUGGCAGCUCAGAUUGGCUGCGCGCCAAAGAGUUACCCUCCGGCUCAGUUGCCCCAGAGCUCGUGAAGAAGAUCUUGUUCAAUGAUAGUCUCGAGGCCAUCGACUUUGUUCAUAACAUCAAGAAGCAUCAUGGCCGGCUCGCCAUCGCCAACAACGAUAUUCAAUUCCGCACACAUACCCAUUCUGCCGUGCCGUCACUCGAGCUUCAAGACAAAUUCCCGCCGCAGAUCAAGCCGGGCAUCACCUUGCGCGACGUCCGCCUUGCAUACCGUGUCGAGCGCCUGAUCCAGCCACUGUUUGACCGAGGCGUUGUACAGGGCCGACUGAAGCACCAACGUCCGGUGUCUCCACAGACGGCCGAAGAACUAGAGUUCCGCCGGACGUGCAGGAAGCAGAGGGCCGACAAGCAGUGCGCGGUGUGCCAUAGCAGAAUGCACUCGACCAUGAAGUGCCCCGACAUGCGCAACAUACUGCCGAGGACGCCCUGCAAGCGCUGCGGCGAGAUGCACUGGAUCUGGCUGUGUCCAGAGCCGAAGAUUGGGUCACGCGGGCGUGCGAGGCGCAAGCGGGAACGGCUGCGGACGCAGCAGGAGGCACGAAUGCAGCGGAAGGAGGUUGCGAUGCCAGGUGCGGCUCUGAGUCCCCCACAAACAGACUGA